UGUAGUGAUGGUGGGAGAGGCAAGCCCGCUCGUUUAGAUAUAGGUUAAGUGCCUGCAUUUCACACUGCCUAUCCUUUGCCCGCCAUCUUUUAGGAGAAUGUGUUAAAAACGGUUUUAAAAGGAAUGGCGAUCGGCUUUUUUUUUUCUUACACCAUCGUUUACUUUUUAUUUAUACCUAUAAUGCGGGCAAUCGGUGUGAUAAUGAAUCGCACGGUGGUGAGAUAGAGAUUAGUCCUGUAGUUUGCGAACUUAAGUGUAACAUAAACAUGAAAUCAGACCGCCGACUGGUUACUUCGGCUUGUUCGGUCGCAUAUAUCUGAAGGUUGGGCAGCUGGUGAAGUGGGAUCGGCGUUAAAAAGCGCUUCGCUGAGCUGUUUCUUUAGGCGGGAUCUUGCCUUGACCCCCACCCCCAAAUGCUCGCCUGCGACCGCCGGCUUUUCCUCUUGAUUGAUUCUUGUAGCCAGAAACGAUCAAACAACAAGCCGAUGAUUACAUUGUAACUAUAGCUUGAAACUCGGUAGCUGGUCGGACUGGCUCAGAUUUCAGACCAUCUGACGGCCGUGAUUGGUCCUUCAGAGACCAUUAGGUCAGGCCUUGAAAUGGCAUACUGCCCCCCCCGGGGAAGGGUAGAGAAGAAGGAUACACUAGGUGCCAGCUGAAGACAGGAUAGAGUGAAAGCAUAGAGAGAAAGAGACUGUGGGAAACCCCCCUUCCCCCUCUCCCCUCCCCUGCGCCAACAUGUCAGCGGGGACACCGGUUGUUCAGACCCCGCCCAUGGGCGUCAACCCUGCACCGCCAGAGGUGACAAACCCCAAUAAGCCUGGCAGGAAGACCAACCAGCUGCAGUACAUGCAGAACGUGGUGGUGAAGACGCUCUGGAAGCACCAGUUUGCGUGGCCCUUCUACCAGCCCGUCGACGCCAUCAAGCUGUGUCUCCCCGACUAUCAUAAGAUCAUCAAGAACCCAAUGGAUAUGGGGACCAUCAAGAAGAGGCUAGAAAACAACUACUACUGGAGCGCCAGCGAGUGUAUGCAGGACUUCAAUACCAUGUUCACCAACUGUUACAUCUACAACAAGCAAACGGAUGACAUUGUUCUGAUGGCUCAAGCUCUGGAGAAGAUCCUCUUGCAGAAAGUGGCCCAGAUGCCUCAGGAGGAGGUGGAGCUUCUGCCCCCUGCCCCCAAAGGCAAGCGGAAGCCUGGGGCUCCACCCACUGCAGGGGGUCAGCCGGACCCGGCUGUGUCUGCAGCCUCCCCGCCCUUGACGUUCCCCAGCUCGCCCCCACCAGUGUCCCAGACGCCCAUCAUCUCCGUGGCCACCCCCGUGCCCACCAUCACCCCCAACAUCCCGCUGGUCCAGGCCACGCCCACAGCUCCACCCAUGAUGCCUGUCGGCCCGCCCGCUCAGCCCGUCGUCAAAAAAAAGGGCGUCAAGCGGAAAGCAGACACUACAACCCCCACCACCUCUGCCAUCACAGCCAGCCGCGAGGAGUCCCCCACGCCGCAGGAGGCGAAGCAGGCCAGGCCGCCUUCCCGCCGCGAGAGCACGGGCCGUCCCAUCAAGGCCCCCCGGAAGGAGCUGGAGGACAGCGAGGGGACGCCGCACGCCGCCAAGAGGGGCAAGCUCAAGGAGCAGCUCCGCUACUGCGAGAACAUCCUCAAGGAGAUGCUGUCCAAGAAGCACGCCGCCUACGCCUGGCCCUUCUACAAACCCGUGGACGCCCAGGCCCUGGAGCUGCAUGACUACCAUGACAUCAUCAAGCACCCCAUGGAUCUCAGCACCGUCAAGAAAAAGAUGGACGGCCGGGAGUACCCGGACGCCCAGGGUUUCGCGGCUGACGUCCGGUUGAUGUUCUCCAACUGCUACAAGUACAACCCACCGGAUCACGAGGUCGUGGCAAUGGCCCGCAAGCUGCAGGACGUCUUCGAGAUGCGCUUCGCCAAGAUGCCGGAUGAGCCUGUGGCGCAGAGCCCGCCUGCGAGCCCCCCCACCGUGGCAGGCGCGGCGGGUAAGGGCGCGGCCAGCGGGGCGAGCAGUGUGGACAGCUCCAGCUCCGACAGCUCCGACUCAGAGGAGGAACGAGCCACACGGCUCGCCGAGCUGCAGGAGCAGCGAUUCUCUGUGGAGCCCCCCAGUGGUAACGGGCAGGGGGAAAAAUACAGGUGCGGCAAAAGUUCGCAGCUCAAAGCCGUCCACGAGCAGCUCGCCGCCCUGUCCCAAGCCCCCGUGAGCAAGCCCAAGAAGAAGAAGGAGAAGAAGAAAAAGGACAAGGAUCGCAAGGCCAAGCCGGACGAUGAGAAGAAGCUCCGAGCCGCUCAGCCGGCCAAGCCGGCCCAGCAGAAGAAGGCGCCGGCCCGCAAGGCCACCAGCACCGGCACCGGCACCAGCACCAGGCGGGUGAAGAAGGGAGUCCCAGGCGCGAGCUGCGAGUCUGAUGAUGAGGAAGACUCUCCUCCCAUGACAUACGAUGAGAAGCGGCAGCUGAGCCUAGACAUCAACCGGCUGCCGGGCGACAAGCUGGGCCGUGUUGUGCACAUCAUCCAGGCGCGUGAGCCCUCGCUGCGGGACUCCAACCCCGACGAGAUCGAGAUCGACUUUGAGACGCUCAAGCCCUCCACCCUGCGCGAGCUCGAGCGCUACGUCAAGUCGUGCCUGCAGAAGAAGCAGAGGAAGCCUUUACCAGAGAAGGGCAGCUCGGCGCCAGGUGGGGGCGCCUCAAGACUGAGCGCCAGCAGCAGCUCCUCUGAUUCGGGCAGCAGCAGCUCGAGUGGCUCCAGCUCGGACAGCAGCGAUUCCGACUGACGCUGCGCCGACGGCCAGCCUGGGACUGGACACCCUCCUUCAUUCCUACCAUGUUUUAAAUGAGCGUCGUAUGCAGUCACAGCGGUUGACCCCCUUUAAGACUCGUUUUAUAAAAAAUUACAAGGGGAAAAAAAGCAAAUGCAGAACAUUUUAAAGAUUUUUUUUUAUAUUUUUUUUUUUAUCAUGGAUGUGGAGUCGACAUUUCUGGGAACUGUCUGGAAACGGAACAGAGCGACUUGGCGAUGUUUUGUCAUCGGAGAUAUGCAAUGAGAGACCUGUCCUUUCUGACUGGUGGUGCGAAAAAUCACAUGACUUUUUUUUUUUUUUUAAGGAGAACCCAGCAUGACUAGUGCCACAGCUUGGCCGAUCCCUCAGAUCUGGGCCGAUGGAGUCCUCUCCAGCCUACUGCUGGCCCCCCGCCCCUUUUUCUGUUCCUGAGCAAAUCCCCUCCCCCCACCCCAGCAGUCCCAUAAGCAAAGCAGUGAAAAGUUGGAACAGGGAGCCCUGCCUGGGGUUUCCAAUGGCCUCAGUGCCUAUGUUAUAUUGGUGAGUGAGGCCCCUCAUAUGAUGUCAGAUUUCCCCCUCUGUAUGUUCUAAUUUUUUUUUUUUUCCCUCUUCCAGCCAGUUGUAAACCUUUUUGCCCAUUUAAGAGGCUUGCCACCCCCCCCCCCGAAGUAUUGCUUUCAAUAUACUUAUUGCUACUCUGUUGUUUUGGGCUUCUAAUGAUGUAAGCUUUUCUGUUUAAUACUGAAAAUAAUGAUCAGGGUGCAAAAUGUUCACGGAUUAGAACCUCAAAGUAAUCAGUAGUCAUUCACUGGCGAGUGGCUGUUUCCUUACACCCACACGCAAAUUCAUUAAUUCUGGUGUGGGAAUGACAAACUCCCUCUGCCCUCGAAAAUACUCCUGAGAAAUCCAUUUUGUUGUCAUCAAAUUCUGCACUCUGUUAAGGGAUUAAUUUAACUAGCAGGUCCUUGGAGAGUCCCUGGAGUUGCAGUAUUUUAAUGUAGCAAUGGUGUAUUUUAUAUUUGACCUGUGUUUCGAGAUGCUUUUUUAAAUGUAUUUUUGUCUCUGAUGCCAUAUUUUUACAGUGCAGAGUUGAAAUACCCGCUGUGACAUAACGAGGAGUUAUAUAUUUUGUGUGUGUGUGUGUGUGUGUUUUGGAGUUUCCAGAGAAUUUUAUUGAUUGAUGUAGGAUGCCUGGAGUAAUGUCUGUUUCAUGAAUAAUGCAUCGGGACGAUGAUCUUUGCUCCGGUUUUGCAUCAGAGUGGCUUAUUUUUACCUGACACACUUUGCUCCGUCCGUGUUCUGUGUUCUUCUUAGAUGUGACAUGUGAGCUGUACACUGAGUCUCCUGCUGUAAUCAUCUUUGAAUCAUAAAAGUGAUCCAGUUGAACGGCCUAAGGUUUUAGCUGUGUGGUGUUUUGCUCACGGCUGUUUCCUGGGUGCGUGUGAUUUUAGCCAUAAGCAUAUCAAGUAAUAACUUGUCAGAUAUGGCCACCAUCGCCUGCAUCUGAUCAGCGGCUCCCUACCUGUCGGCCGGCCGCUGCCAGCUCUCCGUUGCACCUGUGUGAGUGAGUAGUACCAAGUGUAAAAUGCUUCAGACAUACUGAUGUACGGUUUGAUCUGAUGUUAGCAUAUAUGACGGCACGGAAUCAUUAAACUUUUGGAUGCAGAAAUCGGUCAGCAGUUCAUUAGACAGGUGUGUGUGUGUGUGUGUGUGUGUUUGUGUGUGUGUGUGCACACUCGUGCGCACACAUUUGCAAUUUAAUUUAAAACCCUGAUCAAAGUAAUUCCUAAAAGUGCAUGCAGCGUUGCUGUAAUUACACGCAUCUGUGCCGUUUUUGUAUCUUCAGUGAGUCGUUGAUAAUCAUUCAAUAACUAAGUAGUUUUAGGGUUUGCUUACAGUAACAACCUGCUGGAAUUGAGGCAGGGUGGAGUUCAGCUGGUGCCCAACUGGUUAAUCAAUGUCUCUGCAUCACCAGAAUAGUUGUUUUUUGUCAAUGAAUGGGGAAAUAAAGUGUGCAUCCUUUUUUGUUUAAAUCACA